AUGGAAUUCAACACCGAGAAGCUUCAAAAUCUUCAUAUCAUCUCCAAUGAGGAGCUGGAGCCUGUUGUCGUCUUCAAUACUGAUGAUGUCGAUCCUGAGGAUGACGAGGGCACAGAACCCCAAGUAACAGUUGGUUUCGUAGAGGAACCAGAGGGACCAAAGGACUCGCACUAUCUUCUUCCACAACAUUUUCCCAAUAAAGCUGGCGGUACUCCGGCCUGGCUUGAUCCUGUGAAUUUGCCAUCUGGCAAGUCAAGCAGCUGUGACUUCUGUGGCAAUCCACUGCGUUUUGUUCUCCAGGUUUAUGCACCAAUUCGGUCAAAGGAAACUGCCUACCAUCGCACAUUGUUUGUGUUCAUGUGCCCAUCAAUGGCAUGCUUACUCCUGGACCAGCAUGAACAGGAGAAAGACAGGACAGUAAAUCCUAAAAGGAGUGUCAAGGUUUUCCGGUGCCAGCUGCCCAAGGACAAUGCAUUUUAUCAACUUGAAGAACCUGAGGGGAGAGCAUACUAUUGUUCCAAGAAGCAUCAGGAACUGCAUUGGCGCACUAGUCACAAGAGUGAAUGCCCUCAAGUGCUUUGUUCACCCAAUGCUUCUACUUCCAUUCUGGCAGAUGGUAGGAGAGUAUUUGCUGGCACUUCAUGGCCUGAAUAUAUAGUGGUCGAUGUACCUGAAAAGGCACCCUGUUUCAAUAAUUUUGAUGGCAAUACGUCAGAAUUGUCUGUGGUGCAUGGGCAAAAUAAAUCAGAUGACAUGCUUUCAUUGAUGGACGAGUUUGAGGCUGAUGCCGACAACAGAUGCUGGGCAUCUUUUCUGGAUCGUAUCUCAAGGGACCCGGAACAAGUGUUGAGGUACAGUGGGGAGGCAAAUGCAAAACCUCUUUGGGCCGUGUCAUCUGGAUCUCUGACUAAUGAUGCUGCUAUCCCAUUGUGCAUCUACUGUAAUGGUCCACUUUGCUAUGAAUUUCAGGUAAUGUCACAAAUGCUCCACUACUUCCAUGUUGAGAAUGAACCAGACUCCCUUGAUUGGGCGACAAUAAUUGUGUACACAUGUCAAGGGUCAUGUGACUGGAAUGUUAGUUAUAAGGAAGAAUUUGUGUGGGUUCAGUUAGGUCCAGCUACAAGAACAACCUAUCAUGGUAUGACAGGUAACCAAGACCUUUCGUCUCGUAAGAUUAUUCGGUCUGAGCUAUAGAUACAUGUGCAUCUGUCAUGUUGCCAGUUGUAAAACUUUCCAAUGCUCGCCGGUCGUGUCCUCAUAUAAUGCGCCUUAAAAUUGGCCAAACGUUAGCCUCCAUAUUGCUCAGGUUGACCAUCGUACAACACUAGCAACCGUCGACGGGAAUUAGGAUCGCUUUAAUUUGUUUCUGAAGGUGAUAGAAGCUGGAACAUGUUUGAAGGUUGACCAUCGUACAACACUAGCAACCUCCAACAGUUUUAAUCAGUAGUUUAGAUGUUUGUCACAUAUACCACGUUUUUGUAUCAAGAGAUAAACACUUUUAAUUAAA